UCUGCCUCCACAUCAACCCUCGGCUCGUCCCAGUCUUUCUACGGCAGUGUGUGAGUGUACGCUUGGUGGUCGGAAGUAAAGCACAAGGGGAUUUCUGUGUCUGCACCAACACAUUUCCUCUAGUGUUCGCUGUCUGCUUCAGGGGGAUACCACCGUAUUGUAUAAAAGGAAGGCUACCUCGUCCUUCAGUAGUUACAAAAGUCCGGCUCCAGAACCGCCUUGCUAUUUAGUUCAUACCUCACUUGAGAAAUUUAGUAAAACAAACCUGCCAAAAUGUCUGAUCGUAUGAAACCAAUGGGAAUGGAUCGUGCUCUCUCCAGCAAGGAAACACAGGUUCUAUACGCGAUUAAAAUUAUCAAACAGAAGUUGGGAGCUAAGUACGAUAGUGCGUCAGAAGCAGAAGUCAGAAUCUGGAUUCAGGAACUGACCGGGGAAGACAUUGGACAAGGUCCAGCCAAUGUUGAAAAAAGCUUAAAGAACGGCAUUAUACUCAACAAAUUACUGCAGAAACUAUAUGCAGGGACAGCAAAUCUCCCCCCAGCGGCACAAAAUUUCAAACCCUCAUAUUCGGAAUCCGAACUUGCUUUCAAACAGAUGGAAAACAUAGAAAAAUUCUUGAAAGGUGCAAAAUGUUACGGAUUGAAGGACAACAGCUUAUUCCAGACAGUAGACUUGUACGAGGGUCGUAACAUGGCUAUGGUCAUCGCCACAAUCCUACAAGUCGGCACUGAGGCACAGCGACAUGGUUUCAAUGGUCCCUCAGCGGGAUCCGUGCCCCACGCACCAGCAGAAAAACGUAAUUUUACGUACGAGCAAUUGAAAUCAGGCUGUGGGAUGAUCCCUAUAGAGGCGGGCAGCAAUAGAUUUGCCUCACAGAAGGGGAUGACAACAAUGGGCGCAGUCCGUCACGUAGCUGAUAUCCGCUGUGACCAAUACGACAAGGAAUCGCUUACAUUACAGAACCAGCAAGUGGGCACGAACCACUACGCCAGUCAGAAAGGAAUGACAGCUAUGGGAGCUGUGCGCCACAUCUCCGAUAUCAGAGCUGACGACGCUUGUGAUGAGGGGAAAGCAUUAAUUAAUCUACAGUGCGGCACUAAUAUCUGGGCAAGUCAAAAAGGGAUGACUGCGAUGGGUGCCAUUCGACACAUCCGGGACAUCGCUGCUGAUGAUGUGUCGUUAGAGGGCGCUGCUGUUAUCCGUGGAGAUAUGGGAUACACAGAAGGUGCCAGUCAGGCAGGAAUGACGGCCAUUGGCGCCAUUCGGCACGUCUCGGAUAUUCACGUUGACGAUCUCGCAGAGGACAUGAAGAAAGCUUCACAGUAAUAAUAUGCUUGUCCUAAAUUGUUUUCCCACAGCAAUGCGAGAGACAUUCCUCCAGUUGCUCAACGACACAAAUUCAACGGCCCAACUGCUGGAGCAAAACCAACCGAGAAGCAUAUCGUUAAGUUUACCCCAGAUCAACUGAGGGCAGGACAAGGGAUUAUCGGUCUUCAAGCCGGAACUAACAAAUGCGCAAGUCAAAAGGGGAUGUCCAUCGGAGCCGUCCGCCAUAUUGCAGAUAUCAGAGCUGAUGAUUUGUCACAAGAAGGCCAGGGGAUUGUUAGUCUUCAGGCCGGAACAAACCAGUGCGCAAGUCAAAAGGGAAUGGCGAUGGGAGCAGUGCGUCAUGUAUCGGAUAUCAGAGCGGAUGAUAUGUCACAGGAAGGUCAUGGGGUUAUUGGUCUCCAAGCCGGAACUAACAAAUGCGCAAGUCAAAAGGGGAUGUCCAUCGGUGCCGUCCGCCAUAUUUCAGACAUCAGAGCGGAUGAUAUGUCUCAGGAAGGACAGGGAAUCGUAGGUCUACAGGCCGGAACCAACCAGUGCGCAAGUCAGAAAGGAAUGGCGAUGGGAGCAGUGCGUCACGUGUCAGAUAUCAAAGUAGACAACUCUUCGAUCGAAGGUCAUGGAAUCAUAGGGCUCCAGGCCGGCAGCAACAAAGGCGCAUCUCAAUCUGGCAUGAACAUCGGCGGUAUUCGCCAUGUCUCCGAUAUCCGUACAGAAGACUGUUCCAUGGAAGGUCACGGGGUCAUUGGUUUACAAUCUGGAAGCAACAAGGGUGCGAGCCAGAGCGGUAUGGUCAUUGGUGGAGUCCGCCAUAUUUCUGAUAUCCGUGUUGACGAUUACUCUCAGGACGGGGCAGGUAUCAUUGGUCUCCAGUAUGGCUCCAACAAGGGCGCAAGCCAGGCGGGAUCACGUGGUUUUGGCGCCACACGACACAUUGCUGAUAUCCAAGUUCGGGACAUGGCUGAAGAUAUGUACUACUAGGCUGUUCUUAUGGCUUAGAGAACUAGCCCAUUCCAGGGUUCAUCAUGGUACUAGAUGAAGGUACGCGCCAUGCAACUUUAAUAAGAAUACAACAAGCUCAGUCUUACUUAGAAUAACAGUCUAACAAACAUUGGUCGAAUACCAGAAGUAGCCAAGGAAUUCUUUACCAAGUAUAAUUAAAUAACCUUCCAGCUGAUUGAGAAAGAAAUAUAGUAAAAAUGUCUCGAUAUACCUUGUGUAGGAACGUACAGAUAAACUUCCCUAUUGAAAUAUUGACUUCAAAAUUCUGCAUGUAAAUUUUUCAUAAAGAUUCAACAGAAAACUGUUAAUUUUGCCAUAUGAGCCCUGCGAAUGUAACGUGAAACCAGCCUGGUUCACGUGAAGCCAUUUAUCGAGUCAAUGUUCUACUUACAUGAUUCCAACCGGAAGAUACAUAACUUUCUAUAAAUAGUCCUGAUGCAAUACGUAAUUAUGAUCAAUAAUGAGAAGAUUUACGAGAACCACCCGAAGUAGCUUCUCUGAGACGUAAAGAAGCACGAGUUUGAUUUAGAAAGGACGCUUUACGGGGAAAUCGUAAACUUAGAUACGUCAAUGUUAUUAUAAAUGAAAGUAUUCAUGUUUCUGAGGAAACGUUUCGAAUUUUGACAAUUUUACAACAAACAGUUAAAAUUAUAUGUUAGUAUUUUGUUCCUGUCUUAUCUAUGUAGUGUGGGAGCUGUUUGUGAGAAGGAGUGAUUUGUUUUGAAGCUUUGAAUGCCUUUUGAGUUAUAUAUAUAUAAAUAUUCGGUUAUCGUUUAUUUUGCUAUAAGUAUGUACUGCGGGGUUUUUUUUUUAAAUAAGUACAUGACGCAUCGAAACGCGAUAUCUAAAACAGCUGACAAGUAAGCUCUGUAAUAUUAAAAAAUAUAGCACAAUUUUAUGUUCAUAUGGAUAGAACCAAUUUCAUUCUGAAAUCGCAGAAAUUGUACAUAAAUACAAAUUUGUUGAACUAUAUUGAUGUUUGCCUGCUAUUGUUCGUAACGCAACCUUUUUGUACCAGCCGAAAUCAUACUAUCAUAUUGUUAAUCAUAUCACUUCCAAAUUGCAUAAAAUGAUACACCUAAUAGCUGAAGCGGAGCCGGGUCUGUUCUGAGAGGGAAGUUAGCAGACAUCAUAACCAUUAUUAGUCAGCAAUUAUUCUCAUAUGCAAAUCAGUUUGAUUUUACAAGAAGUUUGAUUUUGAUUUCUUAAUUUUUUAUUUUUUAUUUAUGUUUUUCCAACGCAAAGCAAAUUAAACGAGCAGCAACCGUAUGUCCAACAGCUUAGCACAGUGAGACGGUCGUGGAUAUAGUUUGUUUGGUGUUCGAUUGGGUUUUUAAAAGAUGAAAGAUUUUGUCGAAUCAGUUAGUCUACAGAUUUCUGUAUAACGAUGUUCAACAACUACCAGGUGUGAUACUGACAGCGCGUGGCGGAGUUCUAAAUGGUGGGUAUCAUUUCAGUAGCCACAACAGCUAGCGUGAAUGAAAACGACCUGUUGUUUUACACAAUUUUGAAUUAUAUAUAUACUUGAAAACAUCUAUUAAAUGCAAUUAUGUGUAUCAG